UGCCGGUCCACUGAGGCAGGAUUUCUCAGGGUAUCAGGAUAUAAAGGCCGACUUGGCCACUCUCCAGGCAUCGUUGAACCGCCGACAACGUCCCCCUUCCAUCGCAGCCCUCAUUCCAAGCUCUCAUAUCUUCUCAAUCUGUAAUAUCACCUCAUACCUCUUCCAAAGAUGUGUGUUGGCGAGAACUGCGCUCCUCAGGCAGUGCAUUACAUGAAUGCACAGUUGACCUCCCUCUACGAAAAUGCGGUCGAAUGUAUCAAGCACCACAACUACGCAAACAAGCCCGCUGAGGAGUACAAGUACUCACAUGCUCUCGCUGAGUACGCGUUCGUCGACCCCAACACCAAGGGACGCCAGACGCUAUUCCAAGCCAACUUCGACAAACCGCUCUUGGAGUUCAUCUGCAACCACGACGCCAUCUUGCGUCUCAAGAUCUCUAAAGGCUAUUACCGCCUUGAUUAUACCAGAUCGUCAUCAAUGACGUACUCGGAGAAGGAUCGCAUGCAGUCCCUUUCAGAAUUAGAAGUUUCAUUCCGCGUCCCCUUCGACACUCGCUGUCUCAAAGGCAAGGAUACGAAAAUCGGAAACGGUCAAAAUCUCAUUGAACUCAUCGUGCUCAACCUGCAGAAGGCCGAACUUAUCUCCGCCAACCCUGCCGUGAUCGUCGGUCGCGAUGCUCUCGUGUUCUACCUCUCGCAGUAUCUUUCAUUCCUACAGCAGGCGCGCUACCACGUCCUCUUCUCGCUGCCAGACUUCGACGACGAUAGGUACAAGUUGACCAUCGACUACUCGCUCAUGGGCUCACAAGUGCUCGAUAUUGACGAGAUCUGCGGCGUCAGCAUUGACAAGAUCAACACGUAUCUUUCGUCGGUCUGGUUGAAAGCUGCGAUGCUUGUCGGUGCUGAAGGCGGCGCUGCUGACUGGAAGGACACGUGUCUCGCCGAGCUUGGCGCGCCCCGUGUCAAAGCGAUUUGCUCCCGUGAGGCCGUCGUCUACUUCAGAAUUGACGAGGUCUUCUUCUACGACGGCGUUAACUUCGAGGUCGCUCCUCGUCAACAAUACUCUGACUGGGAAAUUGCUGUCUUGGUCGAUGUGAUCGAUGAGUUCGACGGGUACGUUACCCGCUGCAAGCUAGACCUCUCCACCGCUCGUCCAUACCACCAGUGGUGCACGUUCACCGGCAUCGACAGAAACGACGAGCUCGCGUUAAAUUUCUGUACCCGCCUCGUUGAGUUCUUCACCUCCAGCUAUCUUGAUGUCCUCGAGAGCGUCGACUUCCACGUCAUCUAUCACCACGAUACCCGCUGGGUCGCUACCCACACCCACCGCUUCUUCGAGGACUCGUCGGAAUCUGAGGAGGAGGUCGAGGAGUGGACCGUUACAGAGGACACAGAGAGCGCGAGAAUCAUCGAAUGGAAGGAGAUGGUGACGCGCUCCGAGAUGUAUGGGUUCGACCAGAUCGUUGCGAUUUCCCAGUCCUCGGUCAACGCCAACUUUGUCGCGCUGUGGGAUCUGGCCCAGAUCACCAAGAGCGAGGAGCAUACUUCCGCGCUGGCGAAGUGGUCACACGAGAGCUACUUCUCGGCUACUUUCCGGCCUUUGACUUUGCGUCUUUUGAGUAACGGCCGAGCUAUCGUUUGGAUCGACAUGCAGGAGGGCGACCUGAAGAUUCUCAAGAACUGGAUGCCUUGGAAAGAGAGCGAGACCUACCAUUUCGAUGGGUGGCGUCUCGCCUUCGAGGUUGACCUCAAGAAGUGCACUCAUGCAGAGCUAGAUGUCCACGAGACGUGGCAUUCGAGAUUCAAGGAAACCCACGUCUACAAGGCACACGGCAAGCACACCGACCGCCACCUCGAGCAUCUCUAUCUCAAUUUACGCAAUGCGGAGUUCUUGCACGAGUUCUCCACGUUCGAGGGCCUCUUCCACUCGCAUGACCAUCACCCGAUUGACAAGGUCCAGGCAGUUGUACACUACAUCGGCCGCUACUACUUCCCCUACUUGGCGCACGGCGGCCUCAACAUCCUGCAUACCGUUCCCGUCUGGAAGCAUGGCCUCGACAUCCCGUCCUUUGCGUUGACGAGCGUGUCGUUCCACGUCUACUCGAAAGAGGUCAUCCACCGCCACAACUGGGCUCAGCACUCCUAUGUCACCGAACCGAUCAUCGUCGUCCUCGGGAUGACCAAGGGCCGCCCGCUGCCGCAGGAGCGCCUCGACUUCUCCACCAACUGGGUCGUCCGCGUCUCGAAGGGCGCCUCCUACGGCACGGUGUGCCUCUCCCGCAAGGCAUUCAUGGAGGAGCGUCUCCUCCAGCUCCUCACCAAUGUCAACGCUCUGACCACGAUCAUCCCUGUGUUUACUGGGGUGGAAGAGGGAGUCUGGAAGCUAGACCUCACGACCUGGGCACUGCACACGUACAAGAAGAAGCAGGUGUGCAAGUGGCAGCUCGAUUCGGAGGCGGAUGGAUACAUGCGGUACAUAUGGCAGUUCCGCGACGGCUGGAAGUACGAGCAUGAAGGCGGCGAGGUGCCCAACGGCACAUACGCAGUUUCCUGCUCCACGCGCAACUUCGUCGAGCUACCCUCGGCUGCCAGGGGCAGGUCGAUGGAGAUCAGGAUCUGGGGUGAGGUUGAACUCAAGAUGUCGUUCAGUUCUGGUGCGAAGCACGGAAGCGCCAAGUCCAGCGCGAGGUGGGAUGCCCUCCUCUGCAUGCACACCGAUGUCGACGGCAUUAAGGUCAAGCUCGCCGGAUCUCUCAAGCCUACCAUCGAGUCGACGCAGUACGAAGGCGGCUCCGCCUCGGAGAUGUUCACCGAUCUGCAGACGAACCUGUACGCAAACCUGCCGAACGUUGUCGAUCUUAAGGCGGUCGUCGAUGAGCUCAAGAUGUUCGAGGGCAUCUGGCAGUACGGCUACCAGGGCGCGCAGGCGUAUUGUCUCGCGAGCCCGGUCUUCACCACGAAGGGCGAUGUCAUCUUCGAGCUGCGCCCACAUGGUCAGCAGGUCGGGAGGAAUUCUGGUGUGCAAGGAAGCCUAGGAAGGACGGGACGCCCGGCCGUGGACCGGCCAUCAUGUGAGUUUAUUUUACGUCCUUGUAUCGAUCCCAACAUAACUUCUUGAUGGCACUAUGCAGUCCUUCAGAAGGUCAAGGAAGUAGUACAGACCGCACUGAACAGCGAGGACGAGUCAUACACUAACGGUCAUGCCAAUGGCCAUGCAAAUGCCAGCAGGACCUACACGGCGACGACUAUGACAUACGACAU